UCUCUUUCUCUCUCUCCCCUCUCGUUUGCCUCUCGGAACCCUGAAGACCACGUUUUAAGCUUCGACGGAUGCCAAUCGCCGAUCUGCUACGCACAUUGUCCUCAUUUCUUCCAUUUUAUCUGAAUCGAUAGAAAUUUACGUUUAGGCUUGUUAUUGAAGCAUGCAAGCUAUAAGAGAGAUGCAUGGAUCAAGAUCUUCAGUAUGCACAGUUAAACAGCCGUACCUAUCCCCCAAAAGCCCAAGUCCAAAAAUUCCUCCAUCUUAUGUGGGUUAUAAUUCUGCUCAUUUAGGACCUAUUGGAACUCCAACAACCCGAGAGGGGCACAGACACCAACACACUUCCUCGGUGAGCAUUCUUAUAGAUGAGCAACCCUCAUGGCUCGAUGACCUCCUUAAUGAGCCAGAUUCUCCUGUUGGAAAAGGAGCUCAUAAACGAUCAUCAAGUGAUUCUUUUGCAUAUGUACAUACGUCUAAUGUGUCUUCUAAUCUAGCCCAUGAUGGCUUCAAUGAUCAACAUCUUCAAGGGCUGCAACAUCCACACUGUAUUGGGGAAAAUUCUUCUAGGAUGCUUCAAAAUAGAAGACAUGAAUUGACUUUGAGUAAUGUGAAUUAUCUUGGUAGAAAUGGUUCAUUUGUAAAGAAAAAGAUUAUAAGACAUCCUGGUCCAAUAUCUACUACAAAAGAACCUGAGGCGUUAGGAUGUGAACAAUUCCAUGAGGAGUCCGCUCAAGAUAUGAAAGAAUCUUCAGAAAAAAAAGAGGACGCUCAUGAGAAGCAGGCGCAAUCCGAGCUGGAAAUAAAACAAGUUAAACGACAGUUUGCUCAGCGAUCACGAGUAAGGAAACUCCAGUACAUUGCUGAGCUGGAAAGAAAUGUCCAUGCAUUACAGGCAGAAGGAUUUGAAAUUCCUGCGGAAAUUGAAUUUUUGAGUCAGCAGAACCAUUUAUUGAGCUUGGAGAAUACAGCUUUAAAGCAACGACUUGAUAGCCUUUCACAAGAGCAUAUUAUAAAAUGCUUUGAGCAGGAAAUGUUGGAAAGAGAGAUUUCUCGUCUUCGAGGAUUUCCUCAUCAUUGUCAGCAGCAGCGACAGCAGCAACAACAUCCACAACAGCAGAUGCAGAGGCAAAGGCAGCAUAGAAAUCGUGCUUCUAACCAUAGGCGCAGUAACAGUAGAGACCUUGGCUCACAAUUCAGCAAUCUUCCAUCACAGCAAAAGGAUUCGAGUUCUAAGCAGGAUCCAGUCGCUGACCCACUCCAUACUUAGAGAUACACUCCUCAUGCCAAUUUAGUAUAGGGGAAUAAUUCAGAAUUUAGCCUUCAUCUCUUUUACCUUUUGCUUUCAGUACAUGCACCUGGCAGUUGGCUUCAACUAAUUUUCAGCCGACUAGUCGGAGGUGUUAGGGUCUUCUAGUUUUAUUUUCUUUUCAUAUAUCUGUAAUCUUAUGAAUGUCUACACAAUUUGUUACUUGGCCUGGUUUUUCUUUUCUAAUAAAAGCUAUGAUAUCAUGUGGAGGGUGAUAUCCUCA